GGCGGGACACAGACGACGAUUGGGCAACGACAGAGUCUAUCUCGGUCAACUUUUCUCAUUGAACUGCUUUUGAGCCCAGGAAGGGCAUACCCCUUCCAGGGGACGACUGCUUUGCGAUUGGUCUAAACGCGAAGUGGGCGGGGCGAGAGGUGCGCGCUUUCUUGUCCGCGGUCCAACAUGGCUGCGUCCAUGGCGCGGCGCUUGUGGCCUUUGCUGGCUCGUCGGGGACUCCGGCCCCGGGGAGGCUGCGUCUGCAACCAGAGCCCCAGGAGAAGUUUCGCUACAGAGAGACGAAGCCAGAACCUCCUGUACGAGCACGCGCGCGAGGGCUACAGCGCACUGCCUCACCUGGACAUGGAGCUGCUAUGCGCAUGCCCAGAAGAGGCCGCGCGCGCCCUGGAGCUCCGCAAGGGGGAGCUGCGGCCCGCCGACCUGCCCGCGAUCAUCUCGACAUGGCAGGAGCUGAGGGAGCUGCGGGAACAGAUCCGGAGCCUGGAGGAAGAGAAGGGGGCUGUGAGCGAGGCAGUGCGGGCCCUGGUGGCAAACCAGGACAACAGCCAAGUGCAGCAGGACCCCCAGUAUCAGGGUCUGCGGGCACGUGGCCGAGAGAUCCGGAAGCAGCUUGUCCUCCUGUACCCCAGGGAGACCCAGCUCGAGGAACAGUUCUACCAGCAGGCGCUGAGGCUGCCCAACCAGACCCACCCGGACGUGCCCGUCGGGGACGAGAGCCAGGCCCGAGUGCUCCACGUGGUCGGAGACAAGCCAGUCUUCUCCUUCCAACCCCGGGGCCACCUGGAAAUUGGCGAGAAGCUUGACAUCAUCCGGCAGAAGCGCCUGUCCCACGUGUCUGGCCACCGCUCCUAUUACCUGCGUGGGGCUGGGGCCCUCCUGCAGCACGGCCUGGUCAACUUCACACUCAACAAGCUCGUCCAGCGGGGCUUCACCCCCAUGACGGUGCCAGACCUUCUCCGAGGAGCUGUGUUCGAAGGCUGCGGGAUGACACCAAACGCCAACCCAUCCCAGAUUUACAACAUUGACCCCUCCCGCUUCGAAGACCUCAACCUGGCUGGGACGGCAGAGGUGGGCCUUGCAGGCUACUUCAGGGACCACUCCGUGGCCUUCAGAGACCUGCCAAUCAGGAUGGUCUGUGCCAGCACCUGCUACCGGGCGGAGACGGACACAGGGAAGGAGCCGUGGGGGCUGUACCGGGUACACCACUUCACCAAGGUGGAGAUGUUUGGGGUGACGGGCCCGGGUCUGGAGCAGAGCUCGCGGCUGCUGGAGGAGUUCGUGUCCCUUCAGAUGGAGAUCUUGGCGGAGCUGGGCCUGCACUUCCGGGUGCUGGACAUGCCCACUCAGGAGCUGGGCCUGCCCGCCUACCGCAAGUUCGACAUCGAGGCCUGGAUGCCAGGCCGAGGCCGCUUUGGAGAGGUCACCAGCGCUUCCAACUGCACAGACUUCCAGAGCCGCCGCCUCUACAUCAUGUUCCGGACGGAGGCCGGGGAGCUGCAGUUCGCCCACACGGUGAACGCCACGGCCUGCGCCGUCCCUCGCCUCCUCAUCGCCCUCCUGGAGAGCAAUCAGCAAAAGGACGGCUCGGUCCUCGUGCCCCCCGCCCUCCAGCCCUACCUCGGCACCGAUCGGAUCACGGCCCCCACGCACGCGCCUCUCCAGUACAUCGGCCCCAACCAGCCCCAGAAGCCCAGGCUCCCUGGCCAGCCCGCCGCCAGCUGAGAACCCGGCCACAGCGGCCAACGGGUGCCACCACGUCCUGGAGCUUAGGAGACCCUGGAUACCUGGGACCCAUUUUCCUGAGCCCCCCCUCGGCAUCUGGUUUCCUCACGUCACCUCCACACCUGGACCCCUGGACUCCAGGGUCCACCUCUCCUGCUUCCCUGCUGCCUCAGGAUCAGUCGCUGACUGGUGCUGUCACUGGGGGUCCCAGUGAUGCAGGACACACCUGGGGACUUGAAGGUUCCGGGGAUGGGAGAAGGAGAGGAAGAGGCCUGCAGCCCUCCUUCCUUCUUCCCUCCCUCAGCGCUAAGCAGAAAGUCUCCAAUAAAUGGUGACAACAAAGG